UCCAGUUGCACAUCCAUGCACAGCAAGCAUGGCAUGAAGCCAUAUGGAGGCGGCAACGACGGCAAUCCGCAGAGGCCAAGGCUUAGUGACGCCCACCAUGGCCCCGGCCGCAAUCGCGCUCCCUGACAGCCGCGACGACAACACCCCGCCGCGCAAGAAACAGAAGCGCAACAAGCCCACCCUGAGCUGCCUGGAGUGUGUCGAGCGCAAGACGAAGGUAUGUGGGGAUUGGUUCUUCCAAUGGACGUCUGAUUGACC